UACCUAUUCGUAGAAGUAUUUAUUCAUCAUCCACAUAUUCAUUUUAAGCUUCUACGUCUGUGUACAGGAAAGUAUUAUUUGUAAGACGUAAGAGAAAAUAUAUCUGUUUAUUGUUAAAUUAUCAUGACGUUCUUUCCAACACAAAAAGUGUAGUACCUAUUGUUUCCAAACUGCGUUACCCACUCCAGCCAGUAGAUGGCGUCUAUCGGGUGAUGCUUCUUGUGUGACGUAUAAUGGACUGGACGGGACGGUUCUUCAGGAACAGGCGCCAACUCUUUCAACCACCUCGGUAGCCUGCUAAACAACAUAAAACUGAAAGAUUGAUUCUUUAGACCAUGUUAUUGUACAUUAGCUAAUCUCAGUGUUUUAGACACAUUUCGGUUGACGUAUCUACUGGUUAACUUUAACCUAAUGUGCUUGUUCAAUUUGCAAACUUGUUAAAGAUUGAUACUGAGGUUAGCACUAGGCUAGUCGCUAAUGCUAGCUAGCUAGCUAGCUAACAUCCCCGACCAUGAGCUCACUGAACUACUCCCUUGCUAAUGAAGAGGAGGUCUGCUUUACGGAGAAAGAAUCUUUCAGAAUGAAAAAGGAGGAAGAGGAGGCUGUUAUGGUGAAAGAAGAGAAAGAACCUUUUAGAGAGGAAGAGGGUGCUAUCUUAAUAAACGUGAAGGAGGAAGACGUUUUGAGAGUGAAAAAGGAGGAGACAGAAGAUCCGAUUGACACCAGAGAGAGACAUGACUAUGGUGGAUCCUCUGGGAGCCUCAACAACAUCCUGAUGCUGACGAGGCGGAGAAGAGUCUCUCCAUAUCAGAACACCAGAUGGACAACGCUAGCCCUUCCAGCCUCCCGGAGUCCAUGUGUCGUGCCUCUCCCGGUCGCACCUUACUGCUGGGUAUGAAGAGGUUGUCUGUGCUGCUGGUGGACUUCAGGAAAACAACGGGGCUGAGUGAAACUGUGAGAGGAGGAGAAGAGAUGAAAGGAUCAGAUUUGACUCAUCAAAGAGAGAGACAUGACUAUGGUGGAUCCUCUGGGGAGCCUCAACAACAUCCUGAUGCUGACGAGGCAGAGAAGAGUCUCUCCAGAUCAGAUCACCAGAUGGACAACGCUAGCCCUUCCUCCCUCCCAGAGUCCCUGUGUCGUGCCUCUCCCGGUAGCGCCUUACUGGGUAUGAAGAGGUUGUCUGUGCUGCUGGUGGACUGCAAGAAAACAACAGGGCUGAGUGGAACUGUGAGAGGAGGAGCAGAGAAGAAAGGAUCAGAUUUGACACAUCAAAGAGAAAGACCAGACUCAGUGGAACCAGAGCCAGGGACGUCCAAACCAGCAAGAAGACACCAGUGCUCCCACUGUGGAAACGGUUGUAACCGGUUAUGGGACCUGAAACAACAUGAGAAAAUACACACAGGGGAGAAGUCUUACGACUGCUCCCAGUGUGGAAAGAUUUUUAACUGUGUAGGGAGCCUGAAACAACAUGAGAAAAUUCACACAGGGGAGAAGCCUUACCACUGCUCCCAGUGUGGCAAGUGUUUUAACCGGGUAGGGAGCCUGAAACGACAUGAGACAAUUCACACAGGGGAGACGCCUUUCCACUGCUCCCAGUGUGGAAAGUGUUUCAGCCAGUCAUUCGACCUGAAACAGCACGAGAGAAUUCACACAGGGGAGAAGCCAUACCACUGCUCCCAGUGUGGCAAGUGUUUCACCCAGUUAGGGAAUCUUAAACAGCAUGGGCUAGUACACACAGGGGAGAAGCCUUACCAAUGCUCCCAUUGUGGCAAGUGUUUUAACCAGUUAAGGACUCUGACACUACAUGAGCUAGUACACACAGGGGAGAAGCCAUACCACUGCUCCCAGUGUGGCAAGUGUUUUAACCGGUCAGGACACCUGAAAGCUCAUGAGCUAGUACACACAGGGGAGAAGCCUUACCACUGUUCCCAGUGUGGCAAGUGUUUUAACCAGUUAAGGACUCUGAAACGACAUGAGCUAGUACACACAGGGGAGAAGCCUUACCACUGCUCCCAGUGUGGUAAGUGUUUUAACCAGUUAGGGAGCCUGAAACAACAUGAGCUAGUACACACAGGGGAGAAGCCUUAACACUAUUCCCAGUGUGGAAGAAGUUUUAACCAGAAAAACAGCCUGAACCAACAUGAGAAAAUACACAGAGGUGAGAUGCAUUACCACUCCUCCCAGGGUGCAAAGCAUUUGCCCAUUUAGGAAGCCUGAAAGAGCAUGACACAGAGGAGAAAGCUUACAAAGGCUUAGACUUUGGGAAAACAUAUUACUCAUAACAGUCACUUAAACGUCAUUAGAGAAUCCACACAGGAGAGAGAAAUUACUUCUCUUAGCGUGUAUAUUGAUAUUUCACAUAUCAUUUUUCUUACAAUUCAUCAGAGAACAUACACAGUGAUCCCGUUGUCUUAUAUUGUUGCCUUAUAAUGUGUUUACCUGUUUUUACCAGAUGAAAUUGCUUCUUCCAAUUAUUGAUAAACAUGUACUGACUGUUAGAACUGUUCCAUGGAUUGAUGAGGAAUUUAAAAGCUGUAUGUUUGAAAGAGAUGGGGCAAAAGGAGUGGCUAAUAAGUCUGGCUGGCUUACAUACUGCAAAUUGAGAAAUGAUGUGACCAAACUCAACAAAAAUAAUCAACUUUAAUAUGAAGCCAAGAUCAAUGAUAUAAAGAAUGAUGGAAAAAAACACCAUGAAAGAAAAGUAGUGCAAGUAUCGAAUUUUGUAAAGUUAGUGUGGGAGAGGUGGAAAAAUUGUUAUCGACCAAUAAUGACAAACCUCCUGGCAUUGACAGCUUAGGAGUGGCUAUAGAGUCAGCUACUGUCCUCAGUAGCUUUCCAUCUAUCUGUCAUUUUUUAAUAUGAGCCAAGAGGAAAGUCUUUGUUCUCAGGCCUGGAGGGAAGCCAAAGUAAUUCCACUACCCAAGAGUGGUAAAGCGGCCUUUACUGGUUCUAACAGCAGACCUAUACGCUUGCUGCCAGCUCUUAGCAACCUAUUGGAAAACAUUGUGUUUUACCAAAUGUAAUGCUAUUUCUCUGUAAACAAAAGAACAACAGACUUUCAGCAUGCUUAUAGAGAAGGGCACUCAACAUGUACUGCACUGACACAAAUGACUGAUGAUUGGUUGAGAGAAAUUGAUAACAAGAAGAUUGUGGGAGCUCUAUUGUUAGAUUUCAGUGCAGCCUUUGAUAUUAUUGACCAUAACCUGUUGUUUAAGAAUGUUUGUGCUAUGGCUUUUCAACCUCUGCCAUAAUGUGGAUUCAGAGCUAUCUAUCUAAUAGAACUCAGAGGGUUUUUAAUGGAAGCUUCUCUAAUGUCAAACAUAUGAAGUGUGAUGUACCGCAGGGCAGCUCUCUAGGCCCUCUACUCUUUUCUAUUUUUUACCAAUGGCCUGCCACUGGCAUUAAACAAAGCAUGUGCGUCCAUGUAUGCUGAUGAUUCAACCAUAUAAGCAUCAGCAACCACAGCUAAUGAAGUCACUGAAACCCUUAACAAAGAGUUGCAAUCUGUUUUGGAAUGCGUGGCCAGUAAUAAACUGGUCCUGAACAUCUCUAAAACUAAGAGCAUUGUAUUUGGUACAAAUCAUUCCUCAAGUUCUAGACCUCAGCUGAAUCUGGUAAUGAAUUGUGUGGCUGUUGAACAAGUUGAGGAGACUAAAUUACUUGGCAUUACCUUAGAUUGUAAACUGUCAUGGUCAAAACAUAGAUUCAAUGGUUGUAAAGAUGGGGAGAGGUCUAUAUGUAAUAGAGAUGCUCUUCUAUUUUGACACUACUCUCCACAAAUCAAGUUCUGCAGGCUCUAGUUUAGUCUAAUCUUGAUUAUUGUCCAGUCGUGUGGUCCAGUGCUACAAGGAAAGACUUAGUUAAGCUGCAGCUGGCCCAGAACAGAGUGGCACAUUUUGCUCAUAAUUGUAAACAGAGGGCUGAUAUAAAUACUAUGCUGCCAGUCUCUCUUGGCUAAGAGUUGAGGAGAGACUGACUGCAUCACUUCUUCUUUUUAUAAGAAACAUGAAUGUGUUGAAAAUCCCAAAUAGUUUGCAUAGUCUGUAAGGGAAUUCUGCCCUAUGUGCACAGAAGAGACCACAGGAAAACGUGUUUGUUUAAUAAGGAUUGCAACCCGGAGUUUACACUUACAGCAAUUUGCAAGCAAGACACUCAGUUCAAAAGAUGGUGUUUUCCCUUUUUAUCCCCUACUGAGGAUCACCCCGCCCAGGCUGAUGUCCCUUAACUUUAAAACCAUAUAAGUUUGUGUGUAUGCAUUGAUAUGUAGGCUACGUGUGCCUUUUACAAAAUGUUUGUAGUUCUGUCAGAGAGUAAUAGGAUACGGCGCCUGUCAAAUUGGAUUGAUUGCUGACCUUAUGACAAGGACUAAGCAUAAAAAGAAAAGGAAUAGAGCUAAGCACAGGCAAAGUCCUAGAGGAAAACCUGGUUGAGUCUGCUUUCCAGACAAAUACACUUUUCAGCAGUACAAUAACCUAAAACACAAGCCCAAAUGCACACUGGAGUUAUUUACCAAGACAACAUUGAAUGUUCCUGUGGUUGAGUUACAGUUUUGACUUGAAUUGUCUUGAAAAUCUAUGGCAAUCUAUGGCGACUUUUUAAAAAUAAUCAUGGGAAAAUAUUGUACUAUCCAUGUUUGCAAAAGUCUUAGAGACUUACCCAGAAAGACUCACAGCUGUAAUCACUGCAAAAAUGAUUCUAACAUGCAAUGAUUUAGGGGGUUGAAUACUUAUCUCAUCAAAAUAUAUUAGUGUUUUAUUUUCCAUUCAUUAAAAAAAAAAAGUUAGAAUUUUUCUUCCACUUUACAUUACAAAGUAUUUUGUGUAGAUCAUUGACCAAAAAUACAAUUAAAUCCAUUUUAAUCCCACUUUGUAACACAACAAAAUGUGGAAAAAAUAAAGGGGUGUGAAUACUUUCUGAAGGCACUGUACAUACCAAAUGUGGUGCUGACUGGUGUAGUGGUUCUGGAGAAGAAGACUUUUAAAGGAGUCAACAUCAUUAAAAAUAGUCCAAAAUGUGCAUAUUGCAUGAUCUGUUUAAUUUGGAGUUUGGAUAAUUGGCAAGCGCGAUAAGGAGCACAGAUUUAGCUCAUUUUAGGGUGGUGUGUCAAAUUUGUCCUGAUGGUGGCACAUUGGGCCCGCAGCUUGAACCCCGGCAUUGCUGCUUGCAGCUAUAUUUUGUUAUUUUGCAUUUGAUUUAAAUAUCGGUGGAGAAAACUAGGGAUGGAUGGUGCACUGUGAAUAUGCACUGUUAUUAAUGGAUCACCCAGGAAAGAAGCUUAAUGUCAAUCAUGGUGUUGGAGUUCAACAGUCCAUUGCAUAAAAUUAGACUUAUUCCAAUCACCUAUUCUGAUGGAUAGUUAUGAUCAGCUUGUUCAUUUGUGUUUAACCAAGAAGAAGUGCACAAUACCUUAUUGACCCCAUCUUAAAAAAUGUGUAGCCCAAAUCUGGCAGAAGUAUAUGAUGGAGCUUGUGUAUGACCUAAUAUGUUGUCAUCAAUAUUUUCAUAAUCAUAUUUCAUAAUGUGCUAUUAUUUUACUCAAUGAUUUUAAUAUAUAUAUAUAUAUAUAUAUUAUCCCAUCACUUAACAAGACAACACCUCUCACUAUAGCCAUUGGUUGCACUGAUGCACUGCCUUUAAAUAACUUAGUAAAAGCAUUGAUAAAUAUGUAGGAUCUUAAUUUGAGCCUGUACACUACAGCUGGAAAAUAAUACUGCAGCAACAGGAAAUGUGAAUUAUUAUGUGGAUUAUAAUGAAUGGAAAUGUUGGUAGGGGUGAUAGAUUUUUGUAAGGAAAAAUCAAGCCUGACAUUUAAAAGUGAAAAUUACAAACUCAGAAGUGUUUUUAAAUCUCACAUUCUCACACAAUCUCAAUCUCACACACUACAAGUUUUUGUAAUCCUGCAACAGGGUGGUCAGUUUUAGGUCUUACAUCUGUACUUCACCCAGAAGGAUGCCAAAACAUUAGUUCAGCAAUGAGUUAUAAUGAAUAAUAUGUAUUUGGGAGUGUGACUUUCUUUCUUUUUUCAACUUUCAAUAGCCAUUAAAAAUCGUCAAUUCAUAGAAAAGCAACCUCCAGCAUGUUUAUGCUGGUACAUAUGCUUUAAUAAGUAAGAGGAGUAACUGAUGAGGAAGAGGAAAGAAACUGUCUGAUGAGGAAGAGGAGAGUAGCCUAACUGUCAACCUCAACAUAUCAUUCAUAUUUGAGUUAACAAGAGUUCAUCCUUCACAGAAGAAGAGAAGUCCCAGUUUAGUGAGUUAGUUCAGUGUUUAUUUAAUUGUAAGUGUCCUAAGGUCCUAUCGAUACAUGACACCUGCCUAUAGAGGUUAAAGAUAAGUGGACCACGGUUGCUUGUCAACAAGCAUCUUACUGGCAAUUAAAUAGGCCACAAUCCGUGUCCACUAACAUUGCCAUACGCUCCAAAAAUGCUAGGAUAUUCUGGAACUUUCUAAAUAACCUGUUAAGGACGUUAUAUAUAUUUCUUAAUUCCAUUAUUUUACUUUUAGAUGUUGAUGUAUUGUUGUGAAUUAUUAUAUGCUACUGCACUGUUGUAGCUUGUAACACAAGCAUUUCGCUACACCCGCAAUAAACACCUUCUAAAUGUG